ACAAGUAUAUAUUGUACGCUCGUAUUCUUAGGAGACUUCGGAUGCGCUCACCAUCUGGACUCGUUAACGAAUACUGUAAAAAUGACCCGCUACUACCCGACUAUUUUCACUCUUGUAAUCUUUCAAGGCACAUUUCUUGGGCUCGUAGCGUACGAUGCAGACAAUGCCACCGCUCUUUAUGCUGCAUUCAGCGACCUCCUCAAUAAACAACCGGAGAAGGGCCAGUAAUGACACAGGAAUAGGGAAGCCAAAUGUCUACGAUUUACAUGCGAAACUGGCAAAUUGCACCGAGACACAAGUCCCGCCCGGUCCAUGCAUGCAGGUGCCGAAUUGGCCAGGACUAGAUAACGUCACGAAGGUACUCUGGGAGUACAGUUACCCAGGGCAGUGUGGAAUUUUUUUCUUUUGGAAGUUUGAACAUCGAUACUGUGAGCUCCACAUUCGAGAAGAAGGACUUCCAGGGCCAAAAACGCACGACAUCUACCAUGUUUGCCAGACAUUAUAUAGAUACACCUGCGAAUACAAUUUCACAGUGCCAGCAGGUUACAAUGUGUCAAUGCAUUAGCAUGUUAAAUAAAAAUGCAACUUAACGUCUGUAAGAGUUCUUUGAAAAGCUUAAGCUAAAAUACCGGUUGUGUAUCAGCUGUAAAUAACGCUGAGCAUGCCACUGUAUAAGAAAGGGAAAAUAG